AUGGAAAGUCAAUUGCAGUACAACAUCGGAGAACUAGUUCAAUUUAUGGACCAAUGUAGUGACAAUAAUGUUGUCACUUAUUCGGGAUUAAACCAUAUUAGCUCACCAACAAUCUUUAAUUACGCAUCACAAUAUGAGCUUGAAACUAAAAGUGUAUAUGAACAACAAAAAGCUGCAAGACAUGAAUCUAAUAUUCAACACAUCAAUGCAAUGUCUUUCUUUCCUUUGCGUACCAGUCCUAAGAUACAAGUUCUCAGCUUACGGGAUCAAGAUUGUAAAGAAAUUCAAAAAAACUGUCGGUUUAGUAAAUUUGCUGAAGAUGUUCAUACCACUACAUCUACUGACUUUAGAGAAGCAAUAAAUUAUGACGAGUUAUUUGAUACUUUUAUUAAUUCCGAGGUUGAAUCUCAGACUUUAAAAGACUCGGUUGGAGCUAUAAGAGCCCAUAGUCCUUUUCCACAUCCACUUACACCAACACCAACACCGAAUUCCAAUGUGAAAGACACCAAGUCUAAAACUUAUAUUUUUGAAAAUAACAAAGAUAGAUUAUAUUUCGAGGAAACUGAUGAGAGGGAUGUAGGUAGAAUUUUCAGAUAUCCGGAUAAUAGUAAUCAAAUAUUUUAUAUUGGAACUUUGAAACUUGCAUCCACUAGUUAUAGAGAGGCCAGAAUCGUAUCAGCUUCGGUCAAUAAAACGAUUGACGAUGAAUUUGAAUUGAAAGCCAAAUACUUCAGUUCUUUCGAGAAUAGUCUUAAGAAAAGGCGAAAAUCUCAACCGGAAGAAAUAAGAUCAAAAAUAAGGAAAAGGAAUAACCCUACUACGGAUGAGGUGGAAUGGAAACCGUUAUCAAUAUUUACUGUUUAUACAAAUUUUAAACCUGAUGCUAUAGAUGAUACAGACUACUUUGAAAAUAUACCUCAUACUUCUUGUUUUGGGAGAUUAAAUAUGAGAGUCAAAAGAGCUUGGACAAGGGGUCCCAAUAAAGUUAAAUUGAGUUAA